CUGAAAAGCUACCUUAUCCGCGUGUUGCUUACACGGGAAUACUUCUUUCAUUUGAAUAUUCUAUAACAAAUUCAUUAAGAAAAUAAGUGCAAUAUGUAGUGAUUGGUGGAUAUCAAUUAAGCUGUGAUCACAAUCAUGCUUAGUAAACCUGAUGAAGUAUCUUAACUAAACAACUAUAAAAUGAGUCGACUGAGUGUUUUGGGAGGUGGAGAGGCUUGCGGUGCCCGUUGGACGCUCGGGGCACUGCUGCUUGCUCCUCUUGCCGCUGCUAACUCAAGCUAUUGUGCUGUCCUGGCAAUAAUGCUGCUCGCCGCCUACAUAACUUUAGCAACGUUCACGUCACGAGAUUUAAAGAAUUUGGAUGAAUUGCUGCCGCCGAAUAAAACUGUGAGAGGUCGGCGUGAGAGGAACUUGAGGUCGUUCGCAGACUUCAUGGCGUUGUGGAUGUCGUUCUUGUCCCACCUUGUUGCAGUAGCUGUAUGUGCUAGAAUCCUUAGUGCUACUGCAGAUCAUGUUACAGCAGGUCGUACGAGACGAUGGCUAUUUGGAUACGAAACACGAUCACUGGGUGAACCCUGGCCUGAUGUCUUAGGAGUCACUGUUGUUAUGAUUGUUUGCGCCAUGUUCAUGUGUGGUUUAGAGGAGAGCAUAAUGUUCACGUUCAUGCUAUUGGUGGUGCUAUAUAUUUUCAGCCAGUGUUUCGCAAUAUUUGGUUUAAUGAACUUAGAUAUAACAAAUAUAAAAAUGCCCAUACCAAUAACUGUUUACGAGUUAUUUACAGCAGCUGCGCCUAUUUCCUAUGCAUUUGCCGUGGUUUUACCUCCAAAAGAAGAUGAGAGUUUAAGGAAGAAGAUUGUUGUAAUGAUAGUUUUGCCUACAUUAUCAUUAGCCACUCUGUGUUUUCUUUAUACAAAUAUGCUUAAAGGAACGACUAUUGACGCUGCGUUACCUGUUACAACCUUAUUAGAGGCUAAAGCUGCAGGAUGGAUUUGUCCUGUAUUAGCGGCCAUUACGGUAGCAGGGAUUUGUCUGGCUUUGACGGAACUCUGUCCGUUACUGUUCAACGUUCUAGUAACCCUGGCAUCACCAGAAUGGAAAGUUCUUACGAGAUCUAUGACUUAUGAGAGUACAACAACUGGCAGUCCGGUCUUGGCAGUAUUUACUGCAGGAAGUCUAGCGGCAAUUCUAGCAUUUGCUUGUCCAUUGUCACACAUGAUAACGCUAAUGAAUGCCAGUCAUUUACUUGGUAUUACAAUCCAGGCAUUUCAUUUUAUAGUAUUGCGAUGUGUGCCCACAGCUGAACAAAUGGAAGCUGGAGAUAUAGAAUACAAACGUCUGGGGAAUGAAACUACUGAACGUACAGCGAAGUGCUCUGAGAAAAAAGCAAAACGAGGUCUAUGGUUCAUACCUUCAGCUAUUCGUCAUACAAAAACUCUUGAAAGCAUAAAAUCUAAAGUCGGCAAAGAUCCAGAUGAUCGUGAAUGCCUUCUACUGGACGAGUAUACAGGGUGUCCGACGGAGGAAAUAGAUCACGUGACCAGCGGCGGCAGCGGUACAAGAGUCAUCGCUCUAGCUGAAGAAGAAGACGUACAAUCUGAUAUUGAUGGCAGCGAUGCUGAAACCUCAGGGGAUGACUCUACUGAUAUCGAUGCAAUCGUUAAGGAAUACAGAGAUAGAAUACAGGUAGUGACAGCAAUCCCAGAAGCUACUGUCCCUACCCCGCCCUGUGUUCGUGGCGCAAAGUGGUCAGCCGUAGGAGCAGCGAUACAAGUGACAUCGGACGCGCUCAUAGCUAUCGGUUCUUGUAAAGACAAUCUGCGUUUACCCAUGUUCGCUAUUGGAGUGCCGUUAUGGUUGUGUGGGCUCAUUAUCAUAGCGUGGCAACCUUCUCACAAAGUAGGCAUCAAACGUCUCCAGACAAUACAAGCACCGCUAACAUUGAUAAUAUCUGCUUUACUACUUACUCCGUUACUCGUCAGUUCGUGGCCAGCUAUAAUACUCUUUGCGGGAGCAGGCGUAGUGAUAUACGCGCGCUGUGAGCGUUGGUGCGGAGACUUGGCAGUUCAUCAUGCACGUGGAGUUAUCGAGAAAAGACGAAGACAUGCUCCCUCAGCCAGACUCACCCACGUGGACACCGUUUAUAUAGCCAGAUGACAAGAAGAUGACUCGGAUUCGAGUCUUGAUAAUCUGUUAGAAGAAGAUGAUGAAGGUUUGGAUGCUGACGUCGAAUGACAUGAACCAAAAACGAUAAUCAUCAUCACAAAAUAAACAUAAACAAUUCAUAAAAUAUCCAUUAAUAAUUCACUUAAAAUCAGAGCCCAUUAAGUAGAAAAUUCUUUAAAUAGGGUCAAACAAAAUAUAUAUGUCGUUUUAAAGAAGAUUUUUUUUAAACUGAAAUGAAAUCUUCAAUUUUAGUCAAUUAAAAUAUCCAAAACUCUUGCAACGCAAAAAAUACAAUAUGUUAAAAGUACCUUGCUGAAAUUGUUCUAUUAGAUAUUAGUAAAUAAAAAAUAGUAUUUAAUAGCUUUUUGUAAGACGAUAACACGAAGUUAUAUGAUUUAAAAAAUUUGCUAUCAUCCGUCCAUUCAUGUAAAUACUACCUAAAUGUCGACAUUAAAGAUUUCAAAAUUAAUUACAAUAUCACCUGCUGUGAUAUUCAACAAUUAUUAAGAAGUUAUAUGUGUUUCGAAUUACAGGCCAAAAAAUUACAUGAAGAGUGUAGAGAUUCAAAGGUGUUUUGUAUAUUCUUAGUGUAUAGUAGCAAACCAAUUGUACUUUUACUUGAUAAAAAUAUAGAGAUUUUGUUACUGAAAAAAAUAUUUAGAAGAAGAUAUUUUAAAAUAUAAUAUUGCAAAAUCGCUAGCUAAAUUGCCUUUCACUAUGAUAAUUAGAGAAAAAUGUGCCUAUAUUAUAGUCAUUGAUAAUAAUUAUUGUAUCUGAUUUAUUGCUUACACACCUAGUAACUUUUUGGAAAUUAAAACACAUGGCUUAAAACAAACUGUAUCAUAUAAUGAAUAGAUGUAAAUCAUUGGCAGCCUUAAAAGUUUUAUAAUGAAGCACAUAUUACUGUUAUAUAGAUAUAUUUUUAUAAUUCUAUGCUUUUAUAGUUAUAAAUGAUGUGUAUUAGGCAUUAUAUUUAUUGUGUUUAAUAGUUUUUACUGUCGAUCUUGACACUGACACUAUAUUUAUUUAUGCAGAUUCAAGAUUCUACAUAAAUAAAUCCAAAUAAAUCAUUGAAGUCAGGAACGUUAUAAAUAUUUCAAACUGUCAAUGUCAAGGUCGAAAAUACAAAAAAGUAUUUACUGUCAUAAUUAAUAGCAGUCGGCCUUAUAAAUAUCAAAGUUGGUUGUCAUUUGUCAAGUCAGUUUUGCAAUAAAAGAAUAAUAUGCUGUA